AUGUACUUCAAAAUCGUAGUCUUGUUGGGUUUGUUGGCGGUCGCUGCGGGUCAGCACGGCCACGGCCACGGUCACGAGCACGGACACGCCUCCUCGUCGCAGAACAUUGUGCUGCACGCGGUUCAUGACCAUCACCAUGCGCCUGCACAUCACCAGCACCAGGACAAUCACCACCACGAUAACCACCAUCACCAUCACGUUGACUACUAUGCCUACCCGAAAUAUGCUUUCGAAUACAAAGUGGAGGACCCUCACACUGGCGACAAGAAGUACCAGCACGAGACUCGCGACGGUGAUGUGGUGAAGGGCGUGUACAGCCUGCACGAGGCGGACGGCACGAUCAGGACUGUAAAAUACGCAGCUGACAAACACAGCGGAUUCAACGCUGAAGUCCACCGCGAGGGUCACGCUACACAUGCCAUACCUUACCACCAUCAUCAUUAA